CGUCGUCGACCAAAACCGUCUCGAACCCGAAAGCGCAGAAAAGAUCGAGUUUGUGUGUGGAAUUGAAAUUCGAAGUCUUCAACUGCUCAAACCAGCUGCGACUAGCCCACAAUAAUAUAUCAGAGCUUUCUUGUCUAAAAUCGUAUCCAGAUUCGUGUUAUAAAUGGCUUUCAAGGGUUUUUUCUGAUAGAUAGAUAGAUACAUACAUACAUACAUAAAGAUAUAUGGUAAUGGUGGAGGUGGGGGUGGAGGUUAGCGAGAAGAAUCGGAGGAGUAUGAAACGGUGGGGGUGGUUCGUUGGGGCGGUGAUCGUAGUAUUAGUUGCCAUUGCAGCCGCCUCUUUACAUUCCCAGAAGAUCUCUUUCUUCAUCAACAAUCAAAAGUCUUGCCGCUGUUCUGAGGAUUCACGGAAAUAUACAGGCAUAGUGGAGGACUGCUGUUGUGACUACGAGACAGUUGACAGUCUUAAUGGGGAAGUUUUACAUCCUUUGCUCCAAGAGCUCGUCACUACUCCAUUUUUCCGAUAUUUCAAGGUAAAGCUGUGGUGUGAUUGCCCUUUCUGGCCUGACGAUGGUAUGUGCCGCUUACGUGAUUGCAGUGUUUGUGAAUGUCCAGAAAAUGAAUUCCCAGAAACUUUUAAGAAACCGCUUCCAUCUGAUGAUUUGGUAUGUCAAGAGGGGAAGCCACAGGCUACUGUUGACCGCACAGUAGACAGUAAAGCUUUCCGAGGCUGGAUGGUAAUAGAUAACCCGUGGACCAAUGAUGAUGAGACAGACAAUAGUGAGAUGACAUAUGUAAAUCUUCAAUUGAAUCCUGAACGUUAUACAGGCUAUGUUGGUCCAUCUGCCAGAAGGAUAUGGGAUGCUGUAUAUUCAGAAAAUUGUCCAAAAUAUUCUUCUGGAGAGAUUUGCCAGGAGAAAAAAGUCUUGUACAAGUUAAUAUCUGGUCUUCACUCCUCAAUUUCAAUCCACAUUGCUGCUGAUUAUCUUCUUGAUGAAUCUACCAACCUGUGGGGGCAAAAUCUUGAAUUGAUGUAUGAUCGUGUUUUGAGAUACCCUGAUCGUGUUAGAAACUUGUACUUCACUUUCCUCUUUGUUCUUCGAGCUGUGACAAAAGCAGCAGAUUUCUUGGAGCAGGCCGAGUAUGACACUGGUAACAAUGCAGAGGACCUGAAAGCACAAUCCUUGAUGCGUCAGUUACUUUACAACCCCAAACUGCAAGCUGCAUGUCCACUUCCAUUCGAUGAAGCUAAAUUGUGGCAAGGCCAAAGCGGACCUGAACUGAAGCAACAGAUUCAAAAGCAAUUCAAAAACAUUAGUUCCCUGAUGGAUUGUGUGGGAUGUGAAAAGUGUCGUCUCUGGGGAAAGCUUCAGGUUCUUGGUCUUGGUACUGCAUUGAAGAUCCUCUUUUCUGUCGAUGGUCAAAACCACCCAGAUCAAAUUCUGCACCUGCAAAGAAAUGAAGUAAUUGCUUUGGUAAACCUGCUCAAUCGACUAUCUGAAUCUGUCAAACUUGUCCAAGAAAUGGGGCCUUCAGCUGAGAAUAUCAUGGGGGGGCUGGUCUCUGAACCAACUGCACAAGAAAUUAGUUCAUGGCGAAGAAUCUGGGCAUCGGUGAUUGGGCUUCGGUUGACAAAGCUGUCAUUAUGGCAGAUCUUGUAAUGUUUUAACAUUUCAGUUUUGAAGGCAGUGUAAAGCAUUUAGACAAACUGACCUUUAAGAGUGUCGAGCAGAGCAGACGAUUUUGGAGGCAUACAAAUGCAUUACAUAUAUAGAGUCUGAAGCACAUGUAAUAGGUAAAAUUCAUUCUUGUUAGAUCUGAAGAAGUAUACAUUAGCUUUUGCCCAUACAAAGGGUUUUGUAUUGUACAUGUGGAAGAUUCUUCAAAUUAUUGUCAUUUUUAUGUAUCAUUGUUGAAAAUUUUUGUUGACUGGGUUGGAGACUGGAGUCCAUUUCUACCAUGAGCCAUUGAAUUGUGAUAAACAUAUCAAUAAAACCUUUGAAGUUGGAAAGCUAGCUAUUUCAACCCUUGAGUAAUGUAAUCA